GCCUCCCCAGCACCCAUGGAGUAUGUCAGCACACGGGGAGGCACGGGGGCCGUUGACUUCGAGGGAGCCCUCUUCUCUGGCUACGCACCCGACGGGGGCCUCUUCAUGCCCCAACGCAUCCCCUCGCUGGACAGGGACACCCUGCAGAGGUGGAGCCGCCUCUCCUACCGGGAGCUGGUGAAGGAGCUGUGCUCCCUCUUCAUCAUGACCGAGCUGGUCCCGCGGAGCACGCUCAACGACCUGAUCGACAGGGCCUUCAGCAGGUUCAGACACAAGGACGUCGUCCAUCUGUCCAGGCUGAAAGAUGGGCUGAAUGUUUUGGAGCUCUGGCAUGGGGUUACUUACGCAUUUAAGGAUCUGUCCUUGUCCUGCACGGGGCAGUUUUUACAGUACUUCUUGGAGAAAAAGCAGAAGCACGUCACUAUUCUGGUGGGGACUUCAGGGGACACGGGGAGCUCGGCCAUUGAGAGCGUGAGAGGGCAGAAGAACAUGGACAUCUUUGUUGUGCUGCCCAAGGGGUUCUGCACCCAAAUACAGGAACUUCAGAUGACCACCGUCAUUGAAGACAAUGUCCACGUCUUUGCUGCUCAUGGGAACAGUGAUGAAAUCGAUGAGCCCAUCAAGGAACUGUUCGCUGAUGUCGAUUUUGCCAGAAAAUACAAUCUGAUGAGCUUGAAUUCGGUCAAUUGGUCUAGGAUUAUGGUGCAGAUUGCUCACCAUUUCUAUGCUUACUUUCAGUGCGCCCCAUCCCUGGAUACCACCCCGCUGCCAGUGGUGGAAAUUGUUGUGCCAACAGGAGGAGGAGGAAAUAUCACAGCUGGCUGUAUUGCCCAGAAAAUGGGUCUCCCAAUUCAACUUGUUGCCGUGGUUAACAGCAAUGACAUCAUUCAUAGGACUGUUCAACAUGGAGAUUUCUCACUGUCAGAGAGCGUGAAGGCUACAUUAGCAUCAGCCAUGGAUAUUCAGGAGCCUUACAACAUGGAGAGGAUCCUCUGGCUGCUCUUGGGCUCCGACAGCCGCCUGACGAAAACGCUGAUGGAGAGAUUCAGUGGGUCGAAAAGCCUUAAGCUGCCGGAGGAUUUGCACAGGAAGCUCUCUGAGACCCUACAUUCAUGCUCGGCCUCCGACGAGGACAUCGUGCGAGCCAUGCAGCGCUGCUGGGAGGAAAACCGCUACCUGCUGUGCCCCCACUCCGCCGUGGCUGCUCACUACCACUACUCACAGCCAGACAGCACUCCCCGGUGUUGCUUAGCUCCAGCCUCUGCAGCCAAAUUUCAGGAUGCCCUACUCCGAGCUGGCCUGGUUCCCCAGCUCCCCCCUGAAAUCACUGCCUUAACAGCAAUGGAGACCAGGUCCACUCCCCUGGAGCGGGGGCAGGACUGGGCACAGGCACUCCGGGAGCAGAUCGAAGCCACGGCACAGCAGCGGGGAAUCGCUGGGCAGGGAGUCACGCAGACCUGAGCUCCCGGGGCAGGGCUGGCUGAUGCCUCCCAGGGCUCAUAUUCCAUUCCCAGGAGAGCUCCGUGUUAUGCUGGGAGAGGAGCCUAUGCUCUCCAUGCAAUGAAUUAUUAGCAAGAACACACUUUGCCGUUGAAUUAUGUAGACUAUUUCAUAACAUUUUCAGUAAAGAGCUCUGCAAUUGUAUCCCCUUUUUCCUAGUAAUUCAUAAAAACUGAUUGAAA